AUUUUGAAUGUUUCAUUAAACAUUUUAAGUAGAACUGUAGAUCAGGGGUGGCCAACCUAUGGCACAUGUGCCCAAAGUGGCACGUUGAGAGAAUCAAUUACAGUUGUCAUGGAUCAAAGCAGUUCAAUAAAAAUUAAAGAAAUGGGAAGUAAUUUUGAAAUUACUGAACAAAAAGAUGAUUAUAUUACAAAUACUAUUAAGUUACUAAGAAAAUGGGCAGAAGUCAAUGCAACAGAAGAUACUUUAGUCAAAGAAAGAAAGGAAUUCAAAAAAAAUAUGCUACUCUUAGAAAAACGACAUAAAGAAUUUAUAGAAAAAGAAAAAUUAUUUGAAGAUUCUACCAAAAGAUAUGAAAAAUUCCUUCAAGAGAAUUCUGUAAAAUUAGCUCAAGCUGCUAAAAAAAAAGAAGAGGAAGAGAAUUGCCAAGCUAGACAUACAACCCUAAUAAAUAGUCUUAAAGAAGAAAUACAACUUUUGCAACAGAAAGAAAAUAAAUUAAACCAACAAAUUCAAAAUUAUCAAGUAUUUCAAGAAUUUGUAAGAAAAGUUGCUGAUAGUAGCGGGGAGUUUAGUACCGUUAAUGAUGUGGUAAAUCGAUUUGAAAUACUGAUGAUUGUGUUAAAGGAACUUUCAGAACAAGGAAGACUUUUCAAUGAAGAAAUUGAGGCAGAAAGAUCUCAAAUGAUGCAAUAUAUAGAAGAAAAAAACAACGAAAUAUUAGAAUAUAAUAAUCAAAUAGCCGAGUUGCAAAGAUGCAUGGAUCACGCAUUGACCGAAGCACUGAAAUGCGAAUCGAGAUGGAACCAUUUGAAAAAUGCCACGAGUAUGAAAUGUUUAGAAAGAGGACGAAUUAAAAUGGCAGUCCAUAAUUUAUUUAAUAUAAUAAUCAAACAUCAAAAGCUAGAUUUUCAUACUGAAGACACAAUGCAACAACUUGAAAAGAUUCAAGAAUUUAUUGUUGAUUGGAAGGAAGUGAUGGAAGAAAUGAAAAGUACUCAUUUGUCUGUGGAAAGUAUAUCUUAGUUUAUAGUAAAGAAAAUUAAUUAAACUUAUUUUUGACUAUUUCUUUUGAUUAUAUUUUACUUUUAGAAAACAAAUACCAUAAGUAUUGUAACCAUUGUUAUUGUAACAAAAGAAUCUAAAAAUAUUAUUUAUUUUAUUUUUAUUAUCUAUUAUUUGAAUAUACAAUACUAACUUGAAAAAUUUAAAUUUUAUAAUCAUUACAUGUACUAAACCAAAUUAUUUUUCCUCUCACACAUUUCUGUUUUGCAAGAAAUCCUUGAUAUUCACAGUUUUAUAUAACCAAUGUAUGAAAAUAGCUAACCACUUCUUUGCAAAAAUGCAUUUCCAUACAAUAAAAACCAAAAUACAGACUACAGAUUCACUGAAAUAGUUUUGAAUAGGACAAGUUCAGUGUAAUUGUUUUUGUUGUGGAACUUUAUUGAAACAUCACCAUGCUUGCUGAUUAAUUUCCUUUAACUCUUGAUGGAAUCUUUCCUCAACAAUCCAUGGGCUGGAUUUACAAGCUUGUCAUCAUAAGGCAAUUAUAUUAGAUACUUCUUUAAAUAAUCUAUAAUAAUUUUUUAAUUUAAUCAAACCCUACCAAUUGCAUAUAUAAAAACAUACUGAGAGCAUAAACAUCCACUAAAAUAGUGCAUGUUUUAUGCAUCUUAGGAUUUUUUUGCAGCAGCAGUUUCCAAUCUGUUGUUGUUACUUGAUUAAUAUGUGAAGCAUUGUGUAAAAUCAAACAAGUAUUAUUAUUAUUUAGUAUUCAAUUGCUUCUAGUUCUCUCUAUUUAGGUCUUUGGAAGUAAGAACAUUGUACA